CUCCGAGAAAUCCAGUUCAGCAAUUGCAGUUCCUUCUUGUCUAAUCUGUGUCCCCAGGCGUUGAUGGUUUCAGUUUCCUCGGGGUUCAUGCUUUGAAGAUCUGAUCUGAAAUAUAUGCUACACAAGAAAAAUGGGGAUAGUGUUUACUCGAUUGUUCUCUUCGCUGUUCGGUAGUAAAGAAGCUCGGAUCCUCGUUCUCGGCCUCGACAAUGCCGGCAAAACCACAAUUCUCUAUCGCCUUCAGAUGGGCGAAGUUGUUUCCACAAUUCCAACAAUUGGGUUUAACGUGGAGACACUGCAGUAUAAGAACAUAAAGUUUCAAGUUUGGGAUUUGGGUGGACAGACAAGUAUUAGGCCAUAUUGGAGAUGCUAUUUUCCUAAUACUCAAGCUGUAAUCUAUGUUAUCGAUUCAAGUGAUACUGACAGGCUUGUAAUUGCUAAAGAAGAAUUUCAAGCGAUCUUGGAGGAAGAAGAGUUGAAAGGGGCUGUUGUACUGAUUUUUGCAAACAAACAGGAUCUUCCCAGUGCACUUGAUGAUGCUGCAAUGACUGAGGCCUUAGAGUUGCACAAGAUAAAAAACCACCAAUGGGCUAUUUUUAGAACUUCUGCAAUAAAAGGAGAAGGCCUCUUCGAGGGCUUGGACUGGUUAAGUAAUACACUUCAGCCUGGAGGUGGCUAAAACUUGGAUAGAAGAGGCAGAAAGCGAAAGCCAGAACCAAGAAGGCUUCCCCAUUUGCUCGGUGUGACCUGUGAUCGAGGUUUUGUGAGAAGUGCAUUUACAUCUUACGUUACACUGGAAUUUUGGACAAAUUGCUAUCAUACAUACUUCCGAUGGAGAUUAAGUUCAUGUUUGGCUUCAUUAUCUUAGGUUGCAUUUGGAUGGAUGGAUUGGAUUUCAAAUUACCGUCAUUUGAAGUCGAUAAUUCAUAUAAAAUUUUGAUGUUUGGAUCUCUGACUUUGUCGUGCAUUCAUUUAAAGGGUGCAUGAUCUGUCAGUUUUUCUUCCGGCAGAAGUUAGUCGUACCAGGUUGACUUUGUGGGUUGUUAUGUAGAUUGAGUUGUGUAUAUGCCCCUCUGCUGCUGCUAUAUUUAACCACUCCUCAAUUUGCCA